AUGGCCCCGCCUUUUGCCGACCCACCUUCCUUUGACAACAGCGGCCACGGUCCACUUGCUGUGCCUGGUUUUGGAUAUCCUCUAGAGCAAGAAGUACAUCCAGGGGAUCGAUUUACUCAUGGCGUACGCGAAUGGUUCCGGGGGCCAAAUCUCACAGCCCGGGAGCUUGCCAUGCUUUCUUUGAUAGACGACAUUACCGACAAGCCCACCUGGUCGACAGAUGUCUUUGACGACGAGAAAACCUCUCAAUUGUGCCAGGAAGCACUGCUACGCCCUCUCAUCAGUCCGAAAACAUGGGAAUGGUGUCUCUUGGAAUUGCAAGACAAGGCUCGUGAUUUUCAAAAGACCGGUCGUGUUUUGGUCUACAACACUGGAGUUGUGAUUUCCAAAUCAGACCUCGUUGUGGAUGGGACCGACAUUAAAGACGAGCUCUCAACCUUGACAUUGUUAUCUCCUUUUAAAACCGCAGCCAAGGAUGUCCUUUUCGAUCCUGGUGAGCAAACGCGCAGGCUCGUCGAUCCUCUUAUGUAUCCCCUUAUACACGGCAAAUCAAGAGUCUUGGCUGAGGGGGGAACAGUACCGCUCAACGACAUGUUCAAGCACAUAAGUAAAUGCGACAUUGCUCCAAGCAUUCCCAUCAGAGGAAAUUUUCUCCUCUAUCAUCCCUAUUUUAAGAGGUGGAAAGCGUAUCGUCAAAGAGGUUGCUCAUGGUCGACGAAUUUCCAGCGAUUGCCCUGCGAAGUCGAAUUCUUGGAGGGUGCCGGCACAGAUGUUCGAAUUACUUCAUACGUCAAUGGCCUGCAUCCUCGGCAUCGUGGUCUAUAUCAUGCUAUUGAGAAGAUCAUCUCGUCUUCCGUCGAACCUUGGAAUGACGUCUUGAUCAAACAAGGUCGUGGGCGCUUCCCAAACCGCAUCAAAACCUAUGCCGUCUCUUAUGAGCCUCCGUCACCUGACUUUGCUCGCAUCCGUGAAGCAGGAAAGCAAAUCGGGAGUGAAGUUUACUAUGCUGCGAUCGAAGAAGCCAAGGCAUACUGUGCCCAACCUGACGACUUCCCAUACGAUUCUUCGGAUGACGAAGAGAAGAUUCCUUUCUUGUGGAAAGAAGAUAUACCCGAGGAUUGGGAUGCGUGGUGCAGAUCUGGCAAUGACUUGGCCAGACCGAUGGAUAUCAAGCAGAAUCGGCUCCGUCACUUUGUGCACCCUGAGCCGGGUAUGUCGUACACCUAUCAGCAGUGGAAGGUAGGCCAAGCAUGGGAGCCCAUUAAAAAGAAAGUGUUCCGUAGCAACGAACCGGUCACAGAGAGAGAAACAGCGCAGAUCCCCCACCAGGCAUACACAAUCGCUCUCCAAGACUCUUUCCGGCAAAAGGGACUGCAAGUCAUAGUCAAGAUAGACAAGAUCGAACUGAACCCCAACAACCCCAGUUUUGUAGGCAGCGACUGGCACGUCGAAGGCCUGCACAACGAGCAUAUAGUCGCCAACUCCAUCUACGUCUUGGACGAAGACAACACAUCAUCACCUCGCAUUGAUUUCCGCCAAGAAACAAGAUGGGACGAGGAUGAAUACGACUACGAAUGCGAUCUGAAGCAAUUCUUGCAAGUCUUUGCCGUCCCAUACAAAGAAAUCAUUCUUGGAGGAUCCCUUAGCCCACCUCCUGCAUUGCAAAGAGUAGGCUCUGUUGCCCUUCCAGUUAAUCGACUGCUGGCUUGGCCAAAUGUCCUUCAUCAUCGCAUCACGCCAUUCGAACUAAUCGACAAGACCAAAUCUGGCCAUCGCACCUUCCUCACCAUAUCUCUUGUGGACCCCCACUACCGCAUCCUCUCGACCAGAAACGUACCUCCUCAAGACCAUGACUGGUGGGCAGACGAAGCUCUCUCCGCAGCCCUACCACCAAAAAUCCACGUACCGCGCGAGCUCAUCGAUCACAUCGACUCGUUCACCGAGAGCUGGCCCAUAAGCUCACAAGAAGCAACCAACCUCCAAGAGAAAAUGGCAAACGAGCAAAAAGAGCACGAACGGGAUCUGAUGAACUCGCCCGCGGAGGGCUACGAUUUCAACAUAGACGAGUACAACGAUGGGAAUUUUCCAGAUUUACCUCGCAUGGAGCUUGGAAGUUCAUGA